AUCGCUUAGUCGACGCGCUCUUGCCAGUGUGUUAGCUGGCUUGCUCGAUUGGAAAUUUCAUUAUGUUGCAGCUUUCAGAGGUUUAUUUAUAUAAUUGAGAAAACAAUCAGAAAAUAAUUGUGCAGUGUGAUCAGAUAUAUAUGUAAACAUCAUUAAAUAGCGUUUAAUUUGCUUUUUGACUUCGAAAAAGAGUUAAAAGUGUGUUUUGAUAGGUUCGGAUGGUCACGUGACCGUAGUUUCUGAAAUGGCGGCUUCCGAAAAUUUUCAACAUGGGAUCUAAAAACACAGUAUAUCGCCAAGGGAGGCCACAGUGAUCUAACAUUCAUAUUCUACUUUCGAUUUGAAAUGCCGUAGCACCCCCACCCAAUUCAUAAAAUGUCAACAAGAGGCCGACGGUCAAGGGGCCGCCCUCCUAAAACACCAGUAUCAACAAAUCGAACGAAUUUUUUGCGAAAACCAAAAGCUUACCAAAAUCUUGAGCAUAACUUGAACAUCAGUGCUUCAGCAACGCCAAUAACGCAUUUCAAAUCUGUAAGGUCUGAACGACUUAGGGGACGGGCUGCAGCUCAUCGGAGCAGGCACUUUGUCAGUCAACUACUUGCUGAAGAUGAUGAAAUUUCAUCUCUCCCAGAGUUUGACAGGUCCAGUGAUAUUACAGAUCUAGACAACACAGACACGUUUGGGUUUGACAAUGAUGCAGAUGCUUCAGAUGCUUCCUUCGAUGGAGAAUUAGAUGCUGAAUCAAGUGAUGAAAGUUUGAGUACAGUUAGUAGUUCUCUCAGUCGAAAAAGACUCUUAUUAAAACGUCCUAAAACACCUGAUAUUCCUGAUGAUAAAGAGUUACCUUUGCUUGAGCUUCCUGCUAGUGCAACAGACUUAUUGUUACCAUCUGAGCAUGUUCUCCAAGGAAUUGGUGUUUAUGAAGUCCUUAGACAUUUUAGAACUAUUCUUAGACUAUCCCCAUUUACAUUUGAGGACUUCUGUGCUUGCCUCUUAUCUGAAGAACAAAGUAAUUUAUUAGCAGAAAUACAUUUAACAUUACUCAGAGCUUUAUUUCGAGAGGAGGAGAGUAGCUCUUCAACAUUUGGGCCACAAGAUUUGAAAGACAGUAUAAAUGUCUCAUUAUUCUUUUUGGAUCCCAUGACAUGGCCAGAGAUUGUUCGUUCUUAUUUAGACAGUGAAAAACAUCCAGAAUAUCGUGCACAUUUAUCAAUUCUUGAAUCACCCGAGUAUCCAUUUGUUGCAUUUGCUGAAAAGCUUAAAGUACUUCAAACCUUGACCGAUUUAUUCCUGGCAACUGCCAAAGUUAGAGAGGAAAUAGUAAAUGAAGGAAAUAUACAUUAUGAUGAUCAUUGCAGAGCUUGCCACAAGUAAUUAAUAGUAUUUUUCUUAUUUUUUUGCUUUACUUAUAAUACAGGUAGUUAGGUUUUCCAGAAAUAUUACCAUAAAAAGUGCAUUUAGCGACAGGGCUGCCACUGUCCUCUGUGGUAACUGUGUAACUGUCAUGAAUCUUCCCCAGGUGAACUACCGGCCAUAGUUCCAAAUUCAAAAGAUUUUUUGUCUUUCAAAAAAAAAAAAGUGUGUGUGGGGGGUGGGGUGUUUAUGUGGUUGGUGGGGUCCCCCCUCCCCAGAAAUUAUUUUCUUUCUUACUUUUGUAUUGUAAGUGGGGGAGGGGCUCUCCAAUACCCAGAAAAAUUAAGUCGAUAUGUCCUGGAAUUCUUUUUUUUAACCAAUCAGAAGACAUCAUUUUUAACGAUACACACACACAUUUUUUGAGUGUUCAUCUUAGGAUAUCAGCAAGGACAAGUUUCUAUUUAAACAAUUUUUUUUUAAAAACUUGUGAGGUGAAUUUUAUUAAAAUAAUUGGACAUUUUUUCAUAUUAAUUGUAUCGAUGUUCAGAGUUACUUCAUGACGCGAAUAAUGAUCAGUUUCUUACGUUAUCAUACAUGUCGUUCAGGACCAACUCAACUAUUGGUCUAUGCACCCUACGUCCAUUGUUGGGAUUCCCCAAAGUGAAGUCAUGGCACUUAGGGUGAGAAAACUCUUGUCAAAACCCAUGCCGCUAAAUACACUAUUACCAAAAAAUGUUCAAUCUGAAUAUUAAAUGAGGGGGGAGGGGGGGUCUGUUAUUUUUUUACUGGAGCUGGUUAUUAAAUUGGUGUCAAUAGGCCUAAUUUUAUUAAUAAAUAUAAAGAACAGAUCUGAUAUGUGGCUAAUUACUAAUUAUGGUUUAACAGGUCAAUGCCCCCUUGUACUUGUAGGCUUGUCCCCAAAUUUGGCUUCAUGCAGCCCUUCAUUUCUGGUGGUUUUGAGUUUCAGAUCCCUCGUUUAAGAACAUAAUAUCAUAAGACCAAUAAAUAAUAUUUUUUCUUAAGUCGAUAAGUUAACUGAAUUUAAUGUUCUUGGCUUCAGCAUUAACCAUUUAAUUUUAUGCAUCUAUAUUUUUAAUGACUUGAAAUUACUUGCAAAUAUUCCAAAAUAAUAAGGCUAUAAUUUUUUAUUUUCAGAUUGGGAGAUUUGCUAUGUUGUGAAACAUGUUCUGCCGUUUACCAUUUGGCUUGUGUUGAACCACCUAUGCAGGAAGUGCCAGAAGAUGAUUGGCUUUGUAGUGUAUGCAGAGCUCACCAGGUUCAUGUUUUAAAGACUUCUUUAUAAUUUUUGUUUAAAUUUAAUUUUGUUAAAGACGAAAUAUAUUAAAUGCAGUGGUUGUUUGUAAUCUAACCCAAGUAAAGAGGUUUAAUUUAAAGAACAUUACAAAUUUUAUUGGUUGAAUUUGAAUACAGUAAAUAGUAAAUUAUUAAUUUGAAUGUACUUAAUCUUUAUUUUUAGCUAAUAACAUACAUAAUCAAUAAACAUGUUUCUCACCAAUAAUAAGUGAUGAUACAAAAAUGUAUUAAAACACUACCCUUCUGUAACUCAUGUAAUUACUUUGGAAUGCUUUAAAGAAAAAUUUUAGGUCUUUAACGUCAGAUCUGUAUAUUUUGUGCUUUUUGUAGGUUAAGGGAGUUACAGACUGUGUGUCAGAGGCAGAAAAAAGUGGGCUUCUCUGCAGACAAGAACCUGUUGGUUAUGACAGACAUGCAAGAAAAUACUGGUUCCUCUGUCGCAGAAUAAUAGUGUAUGUACAAAAAUAUUGUGGCUUAAAUCUAUAUAUGUAGAUUCCAUGUAAAAUUUGACAAAUCAUCCAAAAAUUAAGUGACAUAAAAUUUGAUGCUACUUAAACAUACUAUCUCAUGCAUCUUGUAUGGAGUUAUCUUUGUUUUGUGUGACACGUGACCUGGUGUCCAACUUGAAUUAAGAUGUCAUUUGUGGUAGUUUAUUUUAGUUAAACUGAAGAAGCAAGUUUAUAAACAUAUAGUCCAUUAAAUUAUCUUUCAUUUGAUACCUCAUUUUGUCUUACAAACCCAACAAUAAUAUUUUAAAUAGUUUUUUAAUCCCAACCUCUCACUUCUGGUACCCGGGUGUGAAUAGCCUCUUCAUUUAUCAAAUUCCUGGUAGUAUUUUUUUCCCUUUAUUUAUUUAUUUAGGCAUUUUUAUAUAGCGCUUACCUUACAGGUCUAAGCGCUUUACAAGUAUUAAAAACAUGUAACCUAUUUAAACUGCUAAAGUAAAAUAAAAAUGAAAAACCAGAGACACUAGAAUAGUAACUACUAUAUUAAAAAUGACUAUUUGAUCACCAAAACAAAUAAAUACGUAGUUGCAUUAAAAAAAAUAAUUAUGGAUUCACUUUCUCAUAAAUCCAUAUUGUUUAAUUUAUAUGUUUAGAAACAAAAAUUUAUAGAAGCCUCUAAUGAUAUUUUCAUUUAUAAUUUAUACUGGAUUCAUAUUGAAUUUAUUUUUUAUCUGAAAAUUAUGUCAGUUAUGAUGGAAUUCACCUAUAUAUAUAAUACUGUAAUAGUUCUUUUAUUAUUUCAUUGUCUUAAGUGUGUUUUGCACAUAUUUUGCUAUAUUUAUUUUUAUUAUUCAAUUGUCAAUGCUUUUUUUCUCAUUCAUUUCUACAUAAAUUUAUGUUUUUAAUUAUUGUAAAUAAAUAGUGAAAGUGACAAAGAAGUCAGAUACUACAGCACAAAGUAUCAGCUGGAGGAACUGCUUGAAAGUCUAAAUCCGAUUUGGGAACAAGAUCUUAUAACCCUUAUUAAUGAAAUGAAAGACGAUAUAAUUAAACAAAUGUCCUACACAGAGGAGCUAACUGCAGCUGUAAAAGGAAGCAGAAAAUCAGUUCUUGAAAUUGAAAAUGGUAAGUAUUUGAACAAUUAUUUUUAAAAAUUGUAAAAAAUUUAUGUUAAUGCUAAGGUAAAAAAAAAAAAAAAUAAUAAAACAUAAUUUAUAAUAAAUAAUAGAAACUAAAAUGGAAAUUAUUUUACAUUUGUUCAUCUUUACUAUAAUUACAUCAGGUGUAUUUUUGUGUGUGUGUUUUUUUUAAUAAAUGUUUUUGCAAACCUAAAUUUAAUUGCAUGUAGACUCAAAUGUCUUUUCCCAAUUGCAUUUUGUAUUUUUAUUUGCAGCUCAGUUAAUGAAACUAGAAACAGAGAGAGCUCUCAGAAGGGAAAAGGAAGCAGAGGAAAAGAAAGCAAAGGAAGAAGAAGAGAGAAGAAAGAAAGAAGCUGAGGCAGAGAAGAAGAAAAAUAAAGGAAAGGGUGAUGAUGAUGAAGAAUCAUCUGACAAAGAUGAGGAUUCGGCCCAUGAUGUGGUGAGAUAUGAAUUUUCUAUAAAUUAUUUAUAACUCAUUUGCAAGCUAUGAUAGUUGCAAGCUAUAUCUUCUUUUGAUAGUGUUGCAAUUGUUCUUCGUUUGAGUAGAUACUUGGAAACUUCUGGUUUGUCAGGACACUUAUAAUCCAGUUAUUUAGUUAAAAGCAGAGGCGUCGCCUUUGGCAAGGCAAUAUUUACUCUUAUGGGGCAUCAAGUUUGCAAUAUAAGAACCUUAAAGAGCAGUCUGGGAAAAUCAAUGUCCUGGGCCAUAUCUCUUUUGUGGUAGCCGACAUUGUGAUGCGUGUUCAGUAGCACCAGCCUACAUCCCCACACACUGGUGCGUCCAUCUUACGACUAAUGAUGUGUCAGUUGUGUCUUGUGAAUUCCAGACACACAAAACACACAUGUUACGAACUGGAAUUAACAGGUCAAUAGCUUCAUUGUCUAGGGGUAAUAUAACUAUUUGACAAACCAAUGAUUCAUAUAAAAAAUGUUUCUUUAUUUAAGUAAACAGCGUCUUCUUUCAUCCCGUUCUCACUCUACAACUCCAUUACCAAUACUCCAUUAUUAACCACCGAAACAUAACAUUAAACAACGUCAUUUCCCAAAUACGUCACACAAUACAAAGUAUAAGCAACAAAUACUCUAGCACCAAACAUUAAUAAAUCAUUAACCUCCCACACCCUGUAACAGACCAAGUUAACCAUAAUUUUUCACACUUCCCUAAUAUUCAUUCUCACAAAACCAUGGCGUGUUGAUUUUAUGAACAUGAUGUGAAUCACGAGAAAAGAGCGAGAACUAGUUUCUAGAGCGGAAUAGAAUACACAUUAGGUAGAGCCAAGAAGUGUGCACGACUGUUUUGUAAAGGUGGAAGACAUAUUGAAAUAUUUCUUGUAUGGAUUAUUAAAUUAUCAUGAUGUAGAAUAUUGAAUGUGUGUGUAAUUAUUGACUGUAUCCUAGAAUUGUUACAAGGAUAUCCUCAUACGAUUUAUUAUUUGAUGUAUUUAUUUAAGAUUUAUUAUUUGACUAUUUAUUUAAGAUUUAUUAUUUGACAUAUUUAUUAUAUGUAAUAAAGUGUUGUGAAUUAUAUAAUUGGACAUUAUCACUUCUUGGUGAGAGAGAAACAAGUAUGAGGAGUGAACACUGGAACGUAUCAUUUAUUCAAUCAGCAGCGGUAGGCCAUCCAUUACAGUAUUGUUAACAAUGUUACCACCAAGGAUUGUCAUAUCGGUGUUAUAAAAUAUGUUACAUUGGUGUCAGAAGUGUGAUUUGAACCCACAAACACUUUCCUUGGACCACCCUGAUCCAUGCAUUUCCCAUGGUCCCAAAUGUGUUUCUUCCAUCCUAUACAGUAUCAGGAACACAUCUAUCAAAAAAGAUUUCACAACAUCCUAGGAUAUAACAUUCAUCAUUACCAACAUCUCACCACUUAUGACAAGCGUUACUGCUUUAGUUUUUGAUAGAAAAAUUCUAAACUUUUGUGUUAAUUUAUUGCACCUUGACAUAUACUUCUCAAUCAACAAUAUUUAUAUUCACUGUAGUUAUGUUUCAAAUUCUUAUAAACAGAGUUCUGAAGAAGUUGUUGAGGCAGAAGCCAAAGUGACCACCGAGAAAGUAAUAAAUUCUGUGUCUAAAAGCCAAAUCGGUGAUGCCACAGUAACGCAAGUUAUUGAAACUACAACCACUACUACCACUGUUACCACUAUUAAAUCUUCGACCAUCACCACAUUAUCUACAGAAGGCAACAAAGAGCAAUCAGAAGAACCUCCGUCUAAAAAACCAAAAAUCUCCGCAUUACCCUUGGAUGGCAAUGGCGAUGGAGAUGAUUCUUCACAAAGUAGUGAUAAAAACAAAGAUGAUAAUAAAAUUGUAGUGAGCAGUAAGUCUGCUCUUGCAGAGGCUAUCAAGUCAAGCACUGAUGGCAAACCAAAAGUUAUUAGCUUACAGUCACUCCUACCAUCAGCCAGACAAUCUUUGCUGAAUGCUGUCGACAAAAGUGGUGAGGAUAAUAAAGGGGAUGGCGGAACUAAGACAGUCUUGUUGGUGAACAGAGAAGGUGGGAAAGUUACAUUGCAAGUUCAGCGUCACUCUGUUAAUAAAGAUGAUCCCAAUGGCAGUAACAUCACCCAAACUACAACAUCGAUGAGUGCAUCAGGUAUUUCUCAUUUUAAAAAAAAACUUUUUUAUUCUUUUGAAGGCUCAUGAAUAUACAAGUUUGUAAAGAUUGGCUAUUUUUACUAAGAUAUUUAAGAUGUGCUUAGGGUGGCUCUGAAAUUUGAGAAUAAUUAAAUGUUCGUUCUCUAAUCUGAUCACAGCCAUAGAAUCAAGAAAGAUGCUCACAAGAUCAAAAACUGGGUCUUUAACGCCAAAGUUGUUCACUGAUUCAAUAACAAUGACAACAACCUCCAUGAAAGCAACAGGGAAAAGUUCAGAGGAAGUCUUGGUCUUGAACAAAGAUGGGGAACUGACAAGGGUUAAUAGAGGCAAGAUAACUGUAGCAUCCAGCCGUGUUCAGCAAUCGCUUUACUUCAAAUUAGGUAAAUAAAUUUAUUAUCUUGUUGUCAGCUUUAUUUUUGUACACAUUAUUUUUUUUUAAUAUAUAGUAUAGUGCAUUCAAAAAGAAAUAUGACAAAAAUUUGAUCGUGUGAACUGAAAAUAAAAUUCCAUCAAAUUUACGUUCGACCAAACUUCUGUUGAUCAAUUUUCUGUAGACGAAAUUUCUUUCAAACAAAUUUCCGUAACUUUCUUAAAAUGGUUUAUGCAGUCAUUUUACUUGGCUUUUUAAAAAAAAAAAACAACUGUCGAUAUAAAUCAUUGAUUAUUAUUUAGACCCAAAUAUAUAAUGUAUAAUAAAUCAUUUUUAUCAAUAAAUGUACACAAAUAAUUUAAAGCAGUUAUUUUAAACAAUUUCUUAACUAAUAAAUACUUAUGUGUUUUAUUAAUUUUAAUAAUAAAACAGUUUUUAAUGAAAGAAGUUUUUCUUAAUAUUCAAGGCUCUGGUUAUUAUUUAAUACCAGGUUUAACGAAAAGAGAGGGGGAUGGUAAGAGGGUAAGGGAUAGUGAGGUUAGGGUUGUGGGGAUCUCUCUCACAAAAGAAUAGAUGGGCAAUUCUCAAAAUAAUAGUUUUUUUAGAAGAUAUACUUGAAGUUUUUUUUUUUUUUUUUUUUUUUAAAUUAUAUUAUUUUUUUUUGGUUAUUUAUUUUUUUUUUUUUUUUUGUUAUUUAAAUUAUAUUAUAUUUUUGUGGUCAUUUAGUUUUUUUGUUAUCAAUUAGGCAAUAAUUUUACACACACAAAGACAUAAGCUGCUUAAUUUUUAGAAGCAGAAAGAAAAAAAAACAAAAGACAAAAUUAUUUUUUAUUCAAUUUAAACAAAUUCAUUUAUAGUAAUAAUCAAAAGGAAGUAACACUGAUUAAGUUCCUAAAAAUUAAUUGAUAAUAACAAACAAAAGAAUUUUAUAUCCAGAAAUGGAUAAAGGUUAAGAAAAGUGUAACCUUAUAUGCCCAGAAAUAGAGUGCAAUGAAACAGCCCUCACUUUUCGAUCAUUCUUACCAACACUAGACAAAUAUACCCUAAGUUACCCUAUACUAACACCCAGAUGAGUUCCAAACAAGAUAAAAACCUCCACUUUUUAUUCAAAUCAUGCAGGAUCACAUCACAGGGUGGUUACUGCUGGCACUCUCAGGGUUAUGUGAUUUAGUUGCGACAGUAAAAUAUCAAUUUGGCAUUUUUAAAAUUAUUAAUUUUUGCAAAGGUAUUUUGAUUGAGCUAUUUUAAUAUGAUUGCCCUUUUUAAAAAAAGGAGAAAAAAAAUUAGUGAAGGAAGGAGCAGCCCUAAAACAAUGGAUCUCCAGUUCAGCUCCAUUGUCUUGUUUUGUUUGCAGCUCCAUUCUCUUAUCCCUUUGCUCUGAUUUUUUUUAUAGGGGCAGAAGGUUCCUACAAGCAGUAUCAAAACCAAUACACAACAAAUACAUUAGCUCUCAACAAACACCAGCACAAUGAAGAGAGAGAUAAGAAGAGACACCUGAGUCACAAGUUCUCCCUAACUCAAAACUCAGAAUUUAAGUGGAAUGGAAAUGUUAUGGGAAACCGGAUGAGCACUCUGGCUACACUACGGCUUACGAUUACUCAGUUGGAGGGGAACAUUCAGGUUUGUGUCUCAACAAUUUUUUCUUCUUCAGUGAUUUGAAUUGUAUUUACGGGGAGGUGAGGGUGAAAAGUCUAUUUAAAAAAUUGUUUAGCUUCUUAUGGGAAUUUUUUUACCUACCCCUCUAUGUAGGGGUGUGCCGGACCCCGGUCCGGAAUCCGGUUCCGCCGGAUUUUGCACUAUCCGGUGAAAUCCGGUUCCGCCGGAUUUCCAUGUAUCCGGAACAACCGGAUUCCGGAAUAUACCGGAUUUCGGAAUUUGCCAGAUUUUGUGACUCACCGGAUCAUAAUCUGAAAUAAAAGUAAUUCUCUUUCCCGAAUUUCACACGAUCACGAUACAUUAAUCGAUUGUUUCGAGCGUUGAGCUUGUUUAAUGUUUAAUAUUCCGUACAUACCAGAGGCUAGAGUCAGCACCGCUAAUAGUAAUAGUGGCCAAUAGUGUAGGGACUUUGAUAAGAAAAUUUAAACUUUUUGUAAAAAUAAACCAAUGGCAUAGUUGAAAAGAUGUAAUUUUUUAAAGAAUUAUAACACCAAAAUCAUAUUUUUAGCUGUUGUAGUUUUAAAGUUAUGAAUUUUUAAAGUACGACUUGGUUUGUCAUUUUUUAACAUGGACUGCAUCUCCACAUUCUGUGAUCUCAUUCCACCAAUCCCGUCAUGCGCAAUGACUAUAUAGUUUAUAUAAGGCAACGCAUUCCCUGCCUUAUCACUAAAAUACUGUUUAGACUUAGUUUAAACUUUCAACUUUGGCACAUGAAUAAUUAAUUAAAGCUUUCCCUGACCAAUGGUUUAAUAGUUUUUGCACACGGCAAACUCUUAUGAAUGAAACUCUGAGGUAGUACUACGAUACAGUUAUGCAAGUGGCUGUGAAUGGUUGCCAAUGACAACGUGUUGCACACGGUAAAUUCUGAUCAUUUAUAAUAUGGAUUCUACCGGGUUGUUAAAGCUCAAAUUAAAACAUUCCAGUUUAAAUGUCUUUAAAUGCAUUCUGAAACACAAGUUAUCAAUUAUUUUGAUGUAAAUAGUGAUAAUAAAUUAAUAUUUCCUAAGUAUCGUCAACUUCCGCCAUUAAAAAGGGGGGCGUGGCCAACCCCAUGGCGAAAUUAGGUUGAGCGAGCUGCAUAACCUGCUGCGAACGCGUAGAAACAUGGCGUCUCUCGUAAGACACUUAUCCAAAUGGAACGGAACUCAAAUAUAUAUCGAAAGUACUAAUUUAAUAAUAAAUAGACACACACAUCGGAAAAUUAAAAACUCGGAUUUUUUGGCGCCGAUUGCGAAUUCCCAUACACAAAAAGUAGUAGUCCACCUUGACUUACCGAAGUAUCUACCAAAAGUACCAAAAUCCGGAAUCCAGGAGAAACCGGAAUCCGGAUCCGGCGGAUUUCGCAUAAGAAAAUCCGGAUCCGGAUCCGGUUGGAAAAAACGGAUCCGGCACACCCCUACCUCUAUGGUAUUGUAAAGGUGGUACAAAACAGGUUUAAAAGAAAACAAAAUACCAUUGAUUGCCUUUGUAUCCUGUCAAAAACAAUAGCCAUUUAACAGUUUUUUAGUUCUUGUUUUUAAAAAUUAGAUUAUGUGGUAGCUAAAGUUUAUUUGUGUAGUGGUGAAUUAAUUGACCAAGGUGAGUUAAAAAAGUAACGAGGGCAAAUUUAUGAAAGUUAAGAUAAAUUACCUGAUAUCUUUAAUAAGGUCUAUCCAACUUUACAUUUACAAAAAUUAUUCUCAAUAAUGUUGCUGUUUUUAAAAGCAUUAAAUUAUACAUUUUAAUUGUUACAAGUAACAAAGCGGGUAGAUAUUUUGUUUUGCUGCCUGAUAAUAAUAAUAAAAUUAUUUUGAGGUGUUGACUGCCAUUGAAUAGUUUUCACAGUACUCAGUUAUUUUAUUUGCAGGCUCCUUUUCUGCACAUAAACUGGCCAAACCACCGGCAGAAUUGGCAAAAAGCAGUGCAGAUGUGUCAAAACCCUCGAGACUUUGCCUUGGCAUUAAGCAUACUUGAAGCUUGUAUAAAGCCAUGUGUCAUGAAUCCAGUUUGGCAUGAAUCUCUAGGUAAAGAAGUCAGAUAGUUUGUUCUAAAUUAAACUUAAACCAAAUAUUUGGUAAUACAAAGCAGUCAAGUGAUAUCAUGUGAUUUAUAUAAAGUCUGAUAUAUAUAGUUCUCAGCCUCUUGCUUACUUUAUUAAACACCUCUUCAAAUUUUUGUUGAAGUUAUUGAUUUUCUGUCUGCAUGAUUAAUUUGGUCAUGAACUAGAGUUUAGUUGUCCAAGCACAGGGAAUAAAGUCAGAAGAGAGUAAAAUGAUUUUUUAACAUAACGUUUUUUAAGAUAUGGUAGACACUGAUAACUUUACAAGGCAUGCUUUGCAGUCAAUAACUACUACUAGUUUUUCUAUAUUGUUUAAUAAGAGAUAUAAAUCUUGUAAAGUAAAAGUACUUAUCAGUAUAAUAAAAUACAUAAUAUUUUCAGGGCAUUUACGGUUGAAUAGGAUUACAAUGUCAGAUAGGGAAGAAUGGAAAAAAAAAGAAAAGGAACAAAGGAGACGAAAAGAAGAUGAAGAAGAAGUACGACCUGUUGUUUGGAUUAAAUACACGAUGGGGUUGAAACAUCAGGUAUUCUUGACAGAUUAUUAUUAUUAAGAAGGAUUGUGUUUGGAAAUUAUUUACAUAACCAAUUAUUGGGAGCUGUAAAAUUUAAAACAAUUUAAUCACUUUCAAGUCUUAAAUGCAUAAUUUCAGGUUUGGAAACAAAAAGGAGAAGAGUAUCGUGUCACUGGAGGGAACGGUUGGCAGUGGAUAAGCGCUACCAGAAAUUUUGUCAAAGAAAUACCUCAGGACACGGUGGGUCUGCGACUUGUGGCUAAAAAACUUCGAGCCCGUCGUAUAAAGGCAGCAAAAUCAAGCGGUAAGAUGCAGAAAUCAGAAGAAAUGGGAGAAGAUAUGCAAGUUGAUGGAUUCUCAGAAGACAAUUCAGAAGAAAAAAUAGAGAAGAAAGAACCUGACAUAAAGGAGGAAAAAAUGGAGGUUGAUGAAGCUGAAACAGAAACACACAUUGAUAAAAGUGAUAAAAGUUCCAUCAAAGAAGAUUCUGAAAUUAAGGAAGAGAAUGUUUCCGUAAGCACAGAUAUUCAAAAGAAAAAUAAUUCCAAAGGAUCUCUUACAAAGGCGCAAAAAGGUCAACUGAGCUAUGAGAGCUAUUUGAAUUUUGUCAAAAGCAAGUACAUUGAUGAUAAAGAAAAUUCAUUUGCUCUGGAAUUAUUGAAGCAGCACCCUGAUAAAGUUGAUAUUGACUUGGUUGAUGUGAGCGACGCCCUCCAGAGAAAAACAUAUUAUCCCAAAGUAACAAAACCCUAUUCCAAGCUUGAUAAUCUCCUUGAGCGAAGACUGAAGCAAGAUGAGUUUGAGAGAAAGCAGCGCUUAAGUAUUGAAACACAGAUCGCUCUGAAGCAGAAGCUUACCCAGGCCAUCGAAAUAGCCCAGAAGAAUAAGUUGGAAAAGGACAAUAAGGAAAAACUAGAACAAGAAUCCAAACAGAUAAAUGGGGAGGCAGCUGAAAAAGUUGUUUUAAAAUCCAACUUGCCAUCUCAUGCUUGCUACUCAUUGCUUUGUCGCACAGGUGGGGAUAAUGAGAGCUUGUGUUAUUCACCCUACUGUAGAUAUGAGAAGCAAAAAGACACCAAGAUGGCUAGUGAUCAGGCCCUAGAGGUGAAGUCGGAGUACAGCAACGGGUCAGAAUCUGUUGAUACAAGUAACAGGAGCAGUAAAGAGGGAACACCUAAUUUGGUUUCAGAGGACACCAUGGAUUCACAGGUGUCAAAGACAAGCCUUGAGGGAGUUGCGGAGAAAGAUGAAGAUAGGGAGGAGGAUUUUGAGAAAGACGAAGAGAGUGAAAGUACUGGUUUAAAUAAAGAAAAUGAAGAUGAAGCUAAUAUAUCAGUUGGCACAGAAGCGUGUGGAGGGCCAGCUGAAACCAGCAUGGAGGAUGAAGAGAUAGAUAUUGAGGGUGAUAAAGAGGGUGGAAUCGGGACACCAAAAGCAGCAACUGCUGUAUCUGAGCGAGGAGUUAAUUCUGAGAAAAAAAUAACAUCUCAAGCAGGUACAUCAAUGGAAUCUAGUAAUAACUCUAGUAAGGCCACAUCAGUCUCAGAUAUUGUUAAAAAUUUGGUAAUUAAGACAAUGGCUGAAAAGGCAGUUGCUGCAGGUGCAGGAAAAGGGUCUCUUUUAACAGCUCAAGUUAUAUCAAAUGCUGUUGCGAACAUUAGUCUGGAAGACCUGAAGUCAAAGCUACCACCAAAACGAACUACAGCAGACAAAUUUAAAUUGGCUAAAUUAUCUAGAAUUGGAAUGAAAAAGAUAUCAAGGAUUUCAAAAAAUGGACGCCUACCAAUGUGUCAUAAAUUUGAAACCCCUUCAAAGAAGAAAAGUGUUUUGAUAUUAGAAAGAAAUGAGCUUAGAAAGAUUGCAAGGCAAGGAUCAAAGCGAGAAAGUGCUUUAUUUAACUAUAAUUGUAAGAUGAACAAUGUGUGUUGGCCCUAUCCAUGUCCAAGGCCACUAUUCAAAACUGCAUGGCGCUAUCGCACAAUGACCCUUCAAUCUCUCUCUGCUGCUGCUUUGCAGCUAAGAAUUUUAUGGGCUUGCAUAAAAUGGGAUGACCUGGCUGCCAAACCACCUGCUGGUGGCACAAACACAAUCUCCACAGAAACUGAAAUCACAACCACGGAGCUUCUUAAACGCAGAGAAGUGGGUAUAGAUGGUCUGCGAUCAGAGUUUCUGGUUAGAAAAAUAGUUGUGCCUCUUGGUGUUCCUGAUAAACCUAAAGGUAAGAGAGUUUGCUUUAAACUAUUUUUAAAACUGUAGUAAUGUGAAAUUUCAAAAACUUUCACAGUUGUAUUCUUUGUGUUGAGCUGGUGUGCUGGUAUAUGAAUGGUACUUUCAUUUAAGUAACCUUGAAAAGAUUUGUUUAAACUUGUAUCAAAAUUGCUUUGUAGAAAAAUACACCCCUCAGCGAAGUGGUUUACGUGAGCGCAAACGUAUUGAAGCCGUUAGACAAACGGAACCUAGUGUUUCAGAGGUUUGGGUCCCCGAAGAAGUACUUGAGCUUUGGGAAAUAAAACAGUUUGGAGAAAAGUAAGUACUAAACUAAAGCUAUUUCUUACUUUAAAACUUUGUUUGUAACUCCAAAAUAUAGAAUUUUGGUAUUGUCUAAAGCUUUGAUAAAAAAUAGUUCCUUUAAUUUUAUAAAAUAAGGUUGGAAAAACAACGUCAAGCUCUCCUGGACAAAGCUGAUAAAACAGGAUCUCAGUUAACAACAGUUGCUGCAUCUCAGAGCACAGCCCAGAUCAAGGCACAGAUGGAGCUUCAACUUAAGCAACAGCGGCUAGCUCUUGCACAAAAACGCAUUCAAGAAAACCAGGGCAUAAAGAUUGGAACAUCUCCUUCAGGCAUCAGCACACUUGCUGCAUCUAGCACCACCACUAUCAUUAUUAACAAUACAACUCAGCUUGGCAAGCCUGGGACAACCUUCAAGACCUUAACUGUAUCUUCUCCAAGCAGCUUACUCUCUGGAGGUGUAAUCAAAACAAUGCAACCAAAGACAAUCAUUGCAAAUGCAGGUAUCUGCCAUACUUUUUUCUGGGAAAUUUUUCAAACCAUUAAGCCUUUAAAUUAAUUUAAGUUAAUGCUUUGAUUUGUUGGUAUAAAUUUUAUCUAAAUUUUACUCUCUCUCCUUUUUUUUAUUAAAAAUUUUUUUUUUUUUUUUAAAUCUAUUAGGCUCAUUACUAGGUUCUCAGUUGCGUCCUGGAAUACGCUUGCAAAUUCCUGGAUCAACAAUACAAGUCCGGCCUCAGGGUGUGGCAUUAGCUCCUAAAGUAGGCACAACAGUGAGCACCACACCAGGUGUUAACACCAUAACCAGGCUAAUAUCUCCUGCCUCUCUUAACGCAAAGCUUCCAGCCAAUCAACAGGGUACUAAAAGUAAGUGCCAAUAUAAUUUUUAUAUUUAAUGCCUUGAGAAAUUACACUACUGUUACUAAUUUAUAGAAAUUGACAUUCUGAAAUACAGUAUGAAAAUAGAAUUAUUUUGUAGUCUAAGCUCUUGAUUUAACACUUGUAUAUAUUAAAAUAAAUUAGUGCAAGUACAUUUUUAGAUAUUUUAAAACUUUUUUCAGCACAAACCAUUCAAAUUAGACCCCAAGCAGCUGGUCAGCCUGUUCAAAAUCUGCACUUCACCCAAACACCCGGUGGGCAACUCCAAGUUCGUGGACUUUUGCCUGGUAACGUUGAAAUGGCUUUAUAUAUCUAAGAUAGUUAUUAAAAAAAAUUAUAACAAUUUAAUUAUAAAAUUUAUUUCCACCAUACUGAGGGACAGAUUGAUGUUCUUUUUUCAUUUGUUUUUCAAAUUUCUGACCUUUGAAUUAUUAAACUUUUUAACUCAUUAUUUGUUAUACUGCUACAGGUCAGAUUAUUCAACGGAUGCCUGAUGGAAAACUUCAAAUCAUUACUCUCAGCACUACUUCAGCCAGUCCUGCAGCAACUACAACUUCCCCAGCUACAGCUCAACAGCAGCCUCGUCCAGCCAUCAGCAUCCGGCCACAGACGAUCAUGGUGAGCACACCAGGUGGUGUUACAGUGACAACAACACCAACCAUUACCCAGAAUCGUCUAGUUAUUCCUGCCCAGUUGGCAUCCAGCCUGGCUCUAAGUCAGAAUGCAACCACAUCUACGGCACUGUCUGUGCCCGCCAUAAGGCAAGUCCUUGCUAGCUCAGUCGCUUCUACGCCUACAAAAACUGUGAUCAUAAACAGACCUGGGGGCCCACAGAUCAUCUCGGCUCAAAAUCUAGCAACUGUCCUGGGAAGCAGUUCAAAUAAUUUAGUCUCUGCCCCAUCCGUCUCAGCUGCUUUAAAUAGCGCUGUGGUCAUCAGUGCCCCAGGAACUGUCAAUGCCACUUCCCAGCUUUCAGGGGUCUCAACUGUGCUUGUGAACAAUUCUCAAACUCCAACUUUACUCUCCAGCCUAACAUCUCCUCAGUCUGGACAACAAACAAUAAUCUCCACACUAAAGCCAGCCACAGUUACAGCAACAAGUCAGCCCUCCACCUCACUUCUUGGAGGCCAGAUUCUUUCGGGUACGUCCUUACUGCAGAGAGCAGCAGGCGGCACAUCUCUUCUGAACAUCAACCCUUCAUCCGUCACAGGCGGUACCCUCACUAUUUCUGGGUCAGCAGCCACAAAUCAAGUCCCAAAACUGCUGGCUUCUCCCCCAUCUGGCACUCAGGUUAUUGCUAAACAAAGUGUUAGCACAGCUCCUCAGUUGAUUUUGAGGCCUGGAACUUCAGUGCUCACCGGUGCUGGUCAGGCUAAAGUAAUUACUGCUCAGCAGCUCAGAGGACUUACCACAUCACCAAUUCAACUGAAGACAGCAACUAGCUCCCUGAGUCCGAUCAAAACAAUUCUCUCCCCUUCAUCAACUGGCAUUGUACUCCCAGCAGGUGGUACUGGAAAAACACUUACCGCUGUGCGUUCUUUGGCGCCACAGCUCACUGUACAAACUUCUACAGGUCAGCAUCAGAUUCUAACAUCCACUCCAAAACAAGUAACUACAACAGCUACGUCUUUGUUAUCCCAGGGUCUAAGCCUAACAACAUCACCAGAUGCUGGUAGUAAUUCUGUGACUAGUCCUACACCUGGUACCAGCCCUGGAGCAGGGGGUAGUGCUCCAAAAUAUGCUAUUACUCCUCAAGUAGUAGAGCAAGGUGAGACAAAUUGUAUGACAUAGUUAAUUUAACAGAAUUUUUAUAUGUGUAUAUAUAUGUAUUUAUUCAGGUGAGUGUAUAUAUAUGUAUUUAUUCGGUUGAGUAUAUAUAUAAAUAUAUAUAUAUAUCAAGUAAAUUGUAAUUUUCUUUGAACAAAUCAUUUCAGUGGUUCGCCAAGCUUUAUUACAAAAUCAAACUCCAGAAAUUCAGCAAAAGUUGCUGGCUAUGCAAAAACAAAUUCAGCAACAACAGCAAUCGCAGCCGGUGGUGUCCAUGUCAUUAUCAGCACCAUCCAGUGGCUUCGCAAUUCAACGCCGAGGCUCUCAAAGUGGCAUCUCAACCGUUGCAAAAUCUGGUGGCUCAGCAGGAGAGCAGUCAAGGUCCAAGAAUAAAGGCUUGACCCAGGAACAGAAAGAGGAACAUGUCAG